AUGGCGCAGACCUUGGAGCAAGAUUUCUUCGGCGGGGCCAUCCGCGGCGUUGUGCCGCAGCGUUGGAUCGAUGCAAGCAAUCUCCGCGAAAUUCCAGACCAUCAAGAGAUCUUCCUCUCACCGGAAUCUCUUUCCAACAUGAUCGUCGAGAUCAAUCAGCGCGUCAGCAAAGAAGACGCUUUAAACACCCUCGCCACCCUCAGCCACCAGCACCCAACCCUCGCAGCCGGCUGCGGGAACAUAUCUAGUGCGACGCCCGAAACCCUUGACCAAGCAGCCGUGCUGUAUCAUUUGCAUGAUCUCUGCGACGAGGGCGACGCCAUGCAAAUCGUGACCCCGCCUCAGCGCGUGAGUGCAUCCCGUCUGGGCGUAUCUGCGCCUCCCGGUAGUGUGUUCAGUGCGUACAAGGGGAUUGUGCAAUUCAAGACAGCGUCGCGCAAGCGCGGGGCGCGGGUUGCGGAUGCGAGUAAUGCCUCUGCUGUGGAUUCGGCGGUUGCGGGGGCGUCGGUUGAUGGGGAGGCGGGAUUGAGUUCUAGGUUGACGUGCCACUAUCUGCUGGUCAGGCUUGAGAGCCAGGAGACGGACCUUCUCGUCUUCUUCAAUGUGCCGCAUGAGGAGUUUGACAAGAGCGGGGAUGUGCAAGGGUUGUCGAGGGAGGAGACUGUUGCGGAUGACACUGUGCGGGCAUUGACGGAGAAGUUAGAGAUUCGGGAUUGGGGACUUUUCGUUUGA